AUGAGUAGACCUAGUGUUUGGAGUACUCUUUGGAAGAAUAUGAUUGCUAGAGCAACAGGAGGUCAAAAAAGAGAAUAUGUUGCAGAAGAUGAAUUUGGAAAUAAAUUUUAUGUUAUCAAAGAAGGAAAACACAGUAAAACAAGAGGAUAUGAAGCUCCAAUGAAUGGUAAAGUUACUGAACCAACUAAAGAAUGGGUUUCGUGGUUAAAAGGAACACGUCGUUUUCCUCCAAGUGAAAAUGAAUUAGCAUUAAAUCGUAUCAGACAACAGGCACAAUUGGAACGAAAUAAUAUAUUAGAGAAGUCAAUGCCAAAUGUUGAUUCUACAGGUGAAACAAAAUCUCAGAAGAAUUCUACUUUUCCAAAAUAUGAUGACUUUGAAGUUUCACCCGGUUACAAUCCUAAUAAAAAAUAA